UCCCGGAACCCCACUGCCUUGUGGGACAGCGGCUGGUUCCUCCCUUCUGGGCAAGUUUUUCCGUAUCCUCUGCCCCUGCUAGCCUCGUCGGGUACGGAAGCUGAGAAGGACAACCAUGGCGGCCCAUCUGAAGAAGCGGGUUUAUGAGGAGUUCACUAAGGUGGUUCAGCAACAACAGGAGGAGGUUGCUACUAAGAAACUCCGGAUGACAAAACCAAGUAAAUCUGCCGCACUCCACAUAGAUCUGUGUAAGGCCACCUCCCCAGCAGAUGCUUUGCAGUACCUGCUUCAGUUUGCCAGGAAGCCUGUUGAGGCAGAAAGCGUGGAGGGAGUCGUCAGGAUUCUCUUGGAACAUUAUUACAAGGAGAAUGAUCCAUCUGUGAGACUGAAAAUUGCAUCAUUGUUGGGUUUACUGUCAAAGACUGCAGGAUUUUCACCAGACUGCAUUAUGGACGAUGCCAUUAAUAUCCUGCAGAAUGAAAAGUCUCAUCAAGUCCUUGCUCAACUGUUGGACACUUUGCUUGCAAUUGGCACUAAACUCCCAGAGAAUCAAGCUAUCCAGAUGCGAUUAGUUGAUGUAGCCUGCAAGCACCUGACAGAUACCUCUCAUGGUGUAAGAAAUAAGUGUCUGCAGUUACUUGGAAAUCUUGGUUCUUUGGAGAAAAAUGUCACAAAAGAUGCAGAAGGCCUAGCUGUCAGAGAUGUCCAGAAGAUUAUAGGGGAUUACUUUAAUGACCAGGACCCACGUGUCAGAACAGCAGCUAUAAAAGCCAUGUUGCAGCUCCAUGAAAGAGGACUGAAGUUAUACCAAACAAUUUACAAUCAGGCUUGUAAACUGCUCUCUGAUGACUAUGAACAGGUGCGCAGUGCUGCAGUCCAGCUAAUCUGGGUUGUCAGUCAGCUCUAUCCUGAAAGCAUUGUCCCAAUCCCUUCUUCUAAUGAAGAAAUUCGCUUAGUUGAUGAUGCGUUUGGAAAAAUUUGUCACAUGGUCAGUGAUGGCUCCUGGAUGGUUCGAGUUCAAGCUGCAAAGCUAUUGGGCUCUAUGGAGCAAGUCAGUUCUCAUUUCUUGGAACAGACGCUUGACAAGAAGCUGAUGUCAGAUCUGAGGAGGAAACGCACUGCACAUGAACGUGCCAAGGAACUUUACAGUUCGGGAGAGUUUUCCAGCGGCAGGAAGUGGGGAGAUGAUGCUCCCAAGGAAGAGAUAGAUACGGGGGCUGUGAACUUGAUUGAGUCGGGAGCUUGUGGAGCCUUUGUUCAUGGAUUGGAAGAUGAGAUGUAUGAGGUCCGCAUUGCUGCUGUGGAGGCACUCUGCAUGCUGGCCCAGUCUUCACCCUCUUUUGCUGAGAAGUGCCUUGAUUUCCUGGUUGACAUGUUUAAUGAUGAAAUUGAGGAAGUACGUCUACAGUCCAUACAUACCAUGAGAAAAAUCUCUAACAAUAUCACCCUUCGAGAGGAUCAGCUUGACACUGUCCUGGCUGUGUUAGAGGAUUCAUCUAGAGAUAUUAGAGAGGCUCUUCAUGAACUCCUAUGCUGUACUAAUGUUUCAACCAAAGAAGGGAUUCAUCUUGCACUGGUGGAGCUGCUAAAAAAUUUAACCAAGUACCCUACUGAUAGGGACUCCAUAUGGAAAUGCUUAAAGUUUCUGGGAAGUCGGCAUCCAACCCUGGUGCUUCCCUUGGUGCCUGAGCUGCUGAGCACCCACCCGUUUUUUGACACAGCUGAACCAGACAUGGAUGAUCCAGCUUACAUUGCAGUUUUGGUUCUUAUUUUCAAUGCUGCUAAAACCUGUCCAACGAUGCCUGCAUUGUUCUCAGAUCAUACCUUCAGGCACUAUGCCUACCUCCGAGACAGUCUUUCUCAUCUUGUUCCUGCCUUGAGGUUACCAGGUAGAAAACUAGUGUCAUCAGGUCUUUCUCCCAAUAUCACACCUCAUGAGGAUCCUUCCCAUCAGUUCCUGCAGCAGAGCCUUGAAAGGGUAUACAGUCUUCAGCACCUCGACCCUCAGGGAACCCAGGAGCUACUAGAGUUCACCAUCAGGGAUCUGCAAAGGCUUGGAGAACUUCAGUCUGAAUUGGCAGGAGUAGCUGACUUCUCUGCUACCUAUCUUAGGUGUCAACUGCUUCUCAUUAAGGCCCUACAGGAAAAGCUGUGGAAUGUGGCUGCCCCUUUAUAUUUGAAGCAGAGUGAUUUGGCCUCAGCAGCAGCAAAACAGAUCAUGGAAGAAACCUAUAAAAUGGAGUUCAUGUAUAGUGGCGUGGAGAACAAGCAGGUGGUGAUUAUCCAUCACAUGAGGCUGCAGGCCAAAGCCUUGCAACUUAUAGUAACAGCACGGACUGCUCGAGGAGUUGACCCCUUAUUCGGAAUGUGUGAAAAAUUUUUACAGGAAGUAGACUUUUUUCAGAGGUGUUUCAUCGCUGAUUUGCCCCACCUGCAGGACAGCUUUGUGGACAAACUUCUUGACCUCAUGCCCCGACUCAUGACAUCCAAACCUGCAGAAGUGGUCAAAAUUCUGCAGACCAUGCUGCGGCAGAGUGCCUUCCUACACCUCCCCCUUCCAGAGCAGAUCCACAAAGCCUCCGCCACCAUUAUUGAGCCAGCAGGCGAGUCAGACAACCCUUUGAGGUUUACGUCUGGGUUGGUGGUGGCCCUGGAUGUUGAUGCAACCCUGGAACACGUGCAGGAUCCUCAGAACACUGUGAAGGUCCAGGUCUUAUAUCCAGAUGGCCAGGCUCAGAUGAUCCACCCUAAGCCGGCAGACUUUCGGAAUCCUGGCCCAGGGCGGCACCGGCUCAUCACUCAGGUGUUCCUCUCCCACACUGCCUGGACAGAACCCUGCCAGGUGGAAGUGAGGCUGCUGCUGGCCUACAACUCCAGUUCACGCAUUCCAAAAUCCCCCUGGAUUGAAGGUGGUGAGAUGUCACCCCAGGUGGAAACCAGCAUCGAGGGCACCAUCCCCUUCAGCAAGUCUGUAAAAGUUUACAUAAUGCCCAAACCUGCAAGACGCUGAAUCACAAGCAGUCUUUACAGCCGUGGCCUAGAAGGCCCUUCUUGGGAUCAGAGUGAGCCAGAAGCCUGGAGCAUUUCACCUGGAAAUGGUAUAUAGGCAUAAGGAGGAACAUGUGACCCAUGCAGUCUCAUCUGUAUCAAGCAUUGGAUAAAUUAUUUUGCAUUAAUUAAGAACACAGAAACCUUCAAGGCUAUCUUGCCCUCCACCCCCAACCUCCAUAGCCCUGCCCCCAAUAAAGUUGAGACACCAAGCUGCUCUAGUCCCUGGUCCUUCAGGGAAUCUGUGUGGCUAUAGGUUCAACAUUUAUACUACAUGUCUGCGUUCUUCAGGUGUGAAACAAAAAGAUCCAAUUUUCUAGCCACUUCCAAAGAACCGGUUAUUGGAGCCAUAAUCUUAUUUCUUAAAGCAACAGUCUGUUUGUCAGAGCCAACUCCAAAGCAGCUUUCACAGCUUUGCUUUUUCACCAUCGACAGUUCCUGAAUGGCCCCAGACUUCAUUAUCUUGCUGAGAGUCUCCUUCCUUAACUCAGGCAAUGGCUGGCCAAGAACUGAAUGGACAUUCAUUCUUCAGGAAAAUUUUUGAUCUUGCCUGCCAUUAUCCUUAGGACCAAAAUAUGAGAGAUGGGCCGUAUUUUAGAAAAGAAACUAGCAUUAUAGGAAAGAGGGAUCUAGUGUAAGAAGCACAGUCAUUUUCCAGUACUUCUCUGAUGACUCCAGUGUUGGAGCUGCAUGUGAGUUAAAGAUGCAGCUGGGGUGUAAGGACAGUAAAGGCUGUGAACCAUGUGAGGGCCUGUGAUGUGUUCUUUACCUGUCAUUUAAUCCUUGUAACAGCCAAGUGCGUCUGACAGGUUAGGUCAUUGGUAGGAAUACUGUAUUAACACCUGUAUUCAUUCAAAUCCAAAAUGAGUCCAAAGGUCUGAGCUAUACCACAUCAGGAGAGGUAUAUGGAAGAGAACCUACAAAUCUCUCUUGUGCCUUAAUUUUCUUAUCUGUAAAAUAGAGAUAAUUAUACUUUAUGGGUUGUUGAAUGGGUUUAAUUAAAUAAUGCUUGGCAGAAUCUUAA